AUGGCUAUCACCAACACCCCGGUUUCGCUCGAAGAGCUCAAGGUUGCGAUCACUCAGGCCUACCCUGGAAUUGAGCAUCGCUUGAAGAACACCUUCAUCCAGCAUGACGUAGCCGCUGAAGGACAAUUGCCUUAUGGCGUAGUCGAGCCUCUUUUGAGGCACUUUUUGGUGGAAUGCGGACUUGAUGACUACAUGGGAGAGGUGACUCAUGCCGAGGGAAUUCUAUCUCACUGCCGCGUUUCUGCCUUCCUUGUGGGCACCUCGCUUGAGGAUGUUAGCGACUCGAACGUUGACCGUAUGAUCAACUGCGAGGAGAUGUUCAUCUUGGCUGUUGUAUGGCUUAAGGUCAUUAGCGACAUGUACCAGCGUGAGAACGCCCUGAAUAAUGCCGUCUGUGGAAGUCUCUGGUGCGGCGCUGGCGACAUGCGCCAGGUUGAGGUUGCGCACGCCAUUGGUAAUGAGGCAUCUUUUGAGCAGACCACAUCCAUUGUUGAUGGCGAGAUGCCGAUCAUCGUUGAACCCCGCUACGUUGAUCACGUGAACAAUGCCGCGGACGAGAAGGAGUUGACGCAGAAGAACAUUGAACACUACAUCCAGACCUUGGUGAACGAGGCUGCUGCUAACAGGCAGAAGGGCGUCAAGUGCUUCGUCUACUCUUCUGCCAUCACCACCAACGGUGGAUGCGUGAGCGCAGGUGCAGCAAUUCCUCAGCGCAGGGAGCGUGUGCACAGCCGCAGGAGUGCUACCACUGGCUGCUGCUAG